AUGCCGUCGCUGAAGGACCUCAAUUGCAGCAUCGAACUAUCACAACCCCAACACGCAUUACCAGAGUAUGGUACCAUCUACGGCGACGGCUUCGUAGAGACAUUCGUACCUAUACCCAACCAGCCACAAUCCUUCUCCAUUCAUCUCACAUCCAACACAUUCAUAGCGCCUGGCAUCGCGAUAUUUGUCUACGUUGACGGUAUCUAUCAGUGCAAUCGCAACAGGCAAAACAUCAAGCCCCGAAAACUGUCAGACAGUCGCUCUUUGGUGGACUUUAGGGUGCGUCAGAAAGAGGAGAGACAGAAGGAUGGGUCUAUGAUUGCGCGCGAGUGGACUUUUGAUAAUUUGGAUAUUGCGUCUGCGGACGAUGCGUCGAACCUGCACUCACCGGCCACUCUUGACAACAUAGGAUGUAUUGAAGUUGUAGUGCUGCGAUGCGCUGGUAGUCGGGACACAAAAUCUGCUUCGGCGAUCAACUUGGACGGCGCUGGUGACUGGCCUGACCAUCGUUUUAGCUUAGGAGACUCACCAAGCUCCCACAAUCGAUCCAUGUACGAUGAUCGCGGGCCGUUUUUCAAUAAUUCCCACAAUAUCUCUGGUCCGCCAGCGCCUUGGUCGUCAUAUCGCGCGCCGUACGCUGAAACACUGCAGAGCCACGAGAGCUCCAAGACACAGAUUCAAUACAACACUCUCCCCGUACGGAACAAAAGUUCAAGAGUAUUUAUGACACGUCACUCGACGUCCGGCUCUCGGUACUCGGAAGCGAUCAGCCCGCGGGCACGACGCUUAGAAAGCCUUCCCUCUUCGGGCUUCCAAUACGGUAGCGGACCUAUUCCACCCGAUAGAAAAGUUGCUCAUCGCGACGAUCAUAUGAUUACGACUCCAGAAACAAGUGGUGUCGACCCUGUGUGGCUGAAAAAUGUGUUGAAGACAGCAGUCAAACAGGGCGUAGAGGAGUCACGACGGGUAGAAGCCCAGUCUGCACGACAUGACAGAGAUUCAGACCACUCAUCACAGAAAGAAGACAAGACAAGCCAGGCCCCUGGUGCAUGGCCAGAAUCUCCACAUACUGCAACUGUGCAGGUACCACAUUCCUUCAGGGCAUCACCAUCCAAACGCAAUCAGCGCAGUGACCGAGCAUCAGAUUGGGUCCAGUCACCAAAUGGGUGGGGCCAGGUUGAGAUAAAGAGCAAAACAGGAGCCCAUGCAAACCAGAGCGAAGAUCAUUUGUGGGAGACAGAAAUCUCCAGCUAUGGUAAUGGGUGGCAUUCGUGCGAAGAAACGCCGUCAGAUUCUUGGGAUACUGAUGAAACUUGGGAGACGAGUAGAGGAAGGGAGUGGAAGGAUUCGAGUCAAUUGGAGAUACCACUUGCUACAAUUGCAGCUCCUUACUCUAAUGCCCAGAUUGUUUCUCGAGCAUCUUCUUAUAUACAUCCUCAACGGCGAUCUACACAUACAUCGAGAAGGCAUCAGUCACGUUCCAAGUCACAAUCUAGACUCCGCAAGAGAGAUGAAACUUCGUUGGAAUACAGAAGGUGGGCAGGAAGUGCCUCACCUGCGUACUCUACAAGUUCGUCCAGCAGCUCAGACAACACGAUACAGCCGUCACAUUCUCGAAGUCAUAUACAGACUCUGCGAAAGAGAUCAAAGAGUCGUGUCCGUCCCUCGAAGUCUACGCAAUCUUAUCAUGGACGAACUUCGUCUCGCUAUCCGCUUUGUGCUGAAAACUUGAAGCGCAUAGAUUCUGAACAGAUACCUGCUCCUUCUGCAAUCACAAGAGCGAUACCAGAUGUUCAAAGUCACCCAGAUAUCGCGCUCCCAACACAUACGCAGUCAAGACGACCAAGCAGACAUGAUCAUGGGGGUAUUUCUGCAUCAGGAGUUCCAGCUUGGCCUGCAGCCGUAAAUGAUACCAGUAACAUGUUUCCAGCCCCAUAUGCACCAUCUGCGAAAGAAUAUGCAUGGGACGCUAUUGGUUCUGGCGAAAAAGAUCGUCAUUCUAUAGCUUCAUCUACUUGGGACAGCAACAGAGUGCAUUCUUGGGCCGUUGCCACGUCUCAAGAUUCCACCUGGGCAACUGAAAAGCCCAAGAGCCCUGGUAAGAACGCCUGGUACUCAACUUCCGAUGACGAAGAUGGGGAUAUUAAAUGGACUAUUCCGCCCACUGGUCAUAAAAGCCCAGAACCUACAAGAUGGCAGGAUAUUAUCAAGCCGACCCCGCCAUCUGAUGCAAAGAAGUCGAAAUCAAAAUCGAAAUAUAAGAAAAACGACUCAUCAGCGCUUCAAGAGCUAAAAGGCGUCCUCGAAAUGAGUUUGGGUAAAGAACAGAAAAAUGGUGGGAUGAAGGGGACCAAUGUGUCCCGGCCUGCUAUUCACGAAGAGAAAGACGAGAAGGACAAUAAAGCAAAGCAACCUGGCCAUACCACUACUCCUCAUCGCCACAAAUGUUCAAAAUCUCCUACCAAGUCCCGAGUCCAGCCCCCGAAACCCCACUGGCGUUUUCCUCCGCCACCUCCACCUGCAUCCCUCUUGCCUUCUCCUUCUUCGCAAUCCGCCAUCAUAGCCGCCGCAACCUCUAAAAAGGGAACAAAACACUUCGUUCAUACCAGCACACCCAUUCCCUACGGCCAUGCGAUAGCGAGACCAGAGUAUGUGGAUAGCCUAGAGAAGCCGUAUGCAGUGUUUCGAUUCAAAUACCGGAGUUUGGAUGCUUUGAAGAAAUUGGGGGUAUUAGGGGGAGACCUGGAAGAGGCAAAAAAAGAUGGGCAGUGA